GGGAGAGGUUCAUGGCUUCUCGUUCCGGCCGGACGCGCAGCUCUUUGCGGUGCUGUGCCCGGGAGUUCAAAAUAGCAGCGUUAGGGUGGUGGGCGACCGCAGUUCAUCGAGUGACCAGCCGUGUGUAACGUGUGAAUCUUCACGUCGGUGGCUUGAGGGCGCUUCUGGGUCAACUGCAACUAAACUUUAUCAUUGGUUUUCUUAUUGAGUUCUUGCGUCCAGUCCGUUUCCAAACUAAGCUGCUGCUUAGCCCAUGACGGGUGUCCAGAAAUGCUCUUGUGGACCUCUGUCAGAAGUGAAACAUGGAACGGGCAGGAAGAACAAGCUGUCGUAGAAGUUCCUGGAAAUUAUGGAGGCACUCUGAACAUUCUGGCUUUAAAUCCCCGAACGCAGACUCAUGCAACCCUUCAUUCAACUGCAGCAAAGAAACAAGUCAAGAAGCAGUGGAAAAGGAAUUCUGAUAAAAGCUGUUCAAGCUGUGAGAAGCUGGAAAAUAAUUUUGAUGACAUCAAGCGCACGACGGUGAGCGAGCGCGGAGCGCUUCGCGAAGCGCUGAGAUGCUUAAAGUGUGCAGAUGCCCCAUGUCAGAAGAGUUGCCCAACUAAUCUGGACAUCAAGGCAUUUAUCACAAGUAUUGCAAACAAGAACUAUUAUGGAGCUGCCAAAAUGAUUCUUUCUGACAAUCCCCUUGGCCUCACAUGUGGAAUGGUGUGUCCAACUUCUGAUCUUUGUGUUGGUGGGUGCAAUUUAUAUGCCACUGAAGAGGGACCGAUUAAUAUUGGUGGAUUGCAGCAGUUUGCUACUGAGGUGUUUAAAGCUAUGAAUAUUCCUCAGAUUAGAAACCCUUCAUUACCUCCUCUAAAAGAGAUGCCUGAAGCCUAUCAUGUGAAGAUAGCUCUCCUUGGUGCAGGACCUGCAAGUAUAAGUUGUGCUUCUUUUCUGGCUCGAUUGGGCUAUUCAGAUAUCACCAUAUAUGAAAAGCAGGAAUAUGUUGGUGGCUUAAGUACUUCUGAAAUCCCACAGUUCCGAUUGCCAUAUGAUGUAGUGAAUUUUGAAGCUGAGCUUAUGAAGGAUCUUGGAGUGAAGGUCAUUUUUAGUAAAGGCCUUGCAAUAGAUGGAAUGACGCUCCGUACCUUGAAAGAUGAUGGUUACGAAGCAGUCUUUGUUGGAAUAGGUUUGCCAGAACCAAACAGAGACAGUAUAUUCCAAGGACUGAGAAUGGAUCAAGGAUUCUAUACAUCUAAAGACUUUCUACCUUUGGUAGCAAUGGCAAGUAAACCAGGGAUGUGUGCCUGUCACUCUCCAUUGCCAUCAAUACAUGGAACUGUGAUUGUACUUGGGGCAGGAGACACUGCUUUUGACUGUGCAACAUCUGCUUUACGCUGUGGAGCUCAUCGCGUAUUUGUGGUAUUCAGAAAGGGAUUCACUAAUAUCAGGGCUGUCCCAGAAGAGAUGGAACUUGCAAAAGAAGAGAAGUGUGAAUUUCUGCCUUUCCUCUCCCCUCGGAAAGUGGUACUUAAAGGUGGACAAAUUGUUGCUAUGGAGUUUGUUCGAACUGAGCAAGACAAAGAUGGAAAUUGGAAAGAAGAUGAGGAUCAGGUUGUCCGUCUGAAAGCUGAUGUGGUGAUCAGUGCCUUCGGUUCAGUUUUAAGUGACACUAAAGUAAGAGAAGCCAUGGCACCUGUCAAGUUUAAUAAAUGGGGUCUCCCUGAAGUAGAUCCAGAAACUAUGCAAACAAGUGAACCCUGGGUAUUUGCAGGGGGUGAUAUUGGCGGUCUUGCUAACACUACGGUAGAAUCAGUAAAUGAUGGAAAACAAGCUUCCUGGUACAUGCACAGAUACAUACAGGUAAUUUUAUUUUCCUCUGUCCAUCUUUAUUUGUUGCUGCUGUUUCCACUUAAAAAAAACUUCUAUACCCCUGUAGAUUUAGUAGACAUCAGUGUAGAAAUGGCUGGACUGAAAUUUCCAAAUCCUUUUGGUCUUGCCAGUGCAACUCCUACUACUAGUUCUUCAAUGAUUCGAAGAGCUUUUGAAGCUGGAUGGGGCUUCGCUGUCACUAAAACAUUCUCCCUGGAUAAGGAUAUUGUGACCAACGUUUCUCCAAGGAUUGUGCGUGGAGUUACUUCAGGUCCUAUAUACGGCCCAGGCCAAGGCUCUUUUCUAAACAUUGAACUGAUCAGCGAGAAAACAGCAGCCUAUUGGUGUAAAAGUAUUGCUGAAUUAAAGGCUGACUUUCCGAACCAUAUCCUAAUUGCUAGUAUCAUGAGCAGCUAUAGCAAGGACGACUGGACCGAACUUUCAAAAAUGGCUGAGGUUGCUGGUGCAGAUGCGCUGGAGUUAAAUUUAUCGUGUCCUCAUGGUAUGGGAGAGAGAGGCAUGGGCCUGGCCUGUGGGCAGGAUCCAGAGCUGGUACGGAACAUCUGUCGCUGGGUUAGACAAGCUGUUCAGAUUCCUUUCUUUGCCAAGCUGACCCCAAAUGUCACUGAUAUUGUGAAAAUUGCGAUGGCUGCCCAGGAAGGUGGUGCAGAUGGUGUUACAGCCACCAACACUGUGUCAGGACUGAUGGGACUGAAUGCAGACAGCACACCUUGGCCAGCAGUUGGUGGAGGACAGAGGACCACAUAUGGUGGCGUGUCAGGAAAUGCCAUUCGGCCCAUAGCCCUCCGUGCAGUGUCUGCUAUAGCCCGUGCACUUCCAGGAUUUCCCAUCUUGGCAACUGGAGGAAUCGAUUCUGCUGAAAGUGGGCUCCAGUUUCUGCACAGCGGUGCUUCUGUUUUGCAGGUGUGUAGUGCAAUCCAGAAUCAAGAUUUCACUGUUAUUGAUGACUACUGCACUGGACUGAGAGCCCUCCUUUACCUCAAAAGUAUUGAGGAACUUGAAGACUGGAAUGGACAGAGUCCUGCUACCAUGCGCCAUCAGAAAGGAAAACCAGUACCUAGAAUUGCUGAGCUGAUGGGAAAGAAACUACCUAGUUUUGGGCCUUACCUGGAACAACGCAAAAAGAUAAUAGCUGAGAACAAGAUUAAACUGAAGAAAGAGAGCGCAGCUGCUUUGCUCCCCAGGAAAAAGCAUUUCAUUCCAAAGAAGCCUAUUCCAGCAAUCAAGGAUGUAAUUGGAAAAGCACUGCAGUAUAUUGGAACAUAUGGCGAGCUCAGCAACACAGAGCAAGUUGUGGCUCUGAUUGACGAGGAAAUGUGUAUCAACUGUGGCAAAUGUUACAUGACCUGUAAUGAUUCUGGCUACCAGGCUAUACAGUUUGAUCCCGAAACCCACCUGCCCACGGUUACUGACAGUUGUACCGGCUGCACCCUGUGUCUCAGCGUCUGCCCUGUUAUUGACUGCAUCCGCAUGGUUUCCAGGACAACCCCGUACGAACCAAAGCGAGGGCUGCCCUUGGCGGUGAACCCAGCGUGUUGAGGUGAUGGGUCCGACAGCUAAUGUGAACUUUACAGUUCUUUGAUGCAAUUGAUUUGCUUUCUAAUUAGUACUUGAAAAUCUACUCUUACCAAAAAAUGUAAUAUUGAUAGCCAUUACGAAGAACACUGUGUUUUCCAAUUAUUAUUUUUAUGACAAUUAAGUUUCUAAAUUACAGAAAGGCAGCAAUUAGUCAGGCAUAGCUGUCAGUUCUCCAUUAUUUGAAAUGCAACUUUUUCCUUACAAUUCAUGCCACAAUUUCCAAAUUCCUCUGUAGUCUGUUUACUCUUUAUGUAAUUUCUGGCUGUAAAUAUAAUUAAGAAAGCAUUUUUAAUGAACUACAAAUCAAUGUACAAGCUAACUGUUUUCCAAGAGGCAUUUUGUAAUUAAACAUUGCAUUUAGUUUUAAAACAGUUUCUUAGAAGAUGUAAUUAAGUACAUACCAUUCAAACAAAGCAAUGUAGCUUUUAUUUUUCUAUGGGAAGAAAUGAAAGGGAGCUUAAAACAGGAUUUAAGAAUUGGAUUAAUCACUUUCAACUACGACAGCAUAUGGUAGUGUAUUUUUAUAAUCCUUUCUAAUUCUUCCUCACACUAGCCAUUUUAUAGAAUAAAUUUGCUAUCCACUAACACAUGCUGGACUCUUCAAAUUUGUAUGUUGCAUGGGUUGCUUGAUUGUUCCUUUUUUCCCUAGUGAACAAUUUUAUCUAUCUAAAAAUGUUUAAACCAGGUUAUUACAAAGUCUAGGUUGGAUUUCAGGAUUCUGAGCUGUGACAACUUUUUUGGCUUCAAGCUCGUCCUCUAAAUAACUUUCUAAUUGUGCCAGUUAAUGCUCCAAAAAUGUACAUGUUACAGGUCAGAGAUCUGAUUACUUGCAAAUGGAAUACACACCCUGCAGACUACGUUUGCCAAACACAUACGUAUAGGGCAGACAGGCAAGGUGAUUUCCCCCAAUGCUAAUUUUUCUUUCUUAGUGCUUAUGUAUCAUUGUAGUAACUGCACAACCAGAAAGAAAUAUAGAUUUGUCUGUAUUACAGAGCAAUAUCUCAGUAUUAAUCCAUUUUUAAUUUGCACUAGAAGCUUUCUAAUAUGAAUAUAUUGCAAUCUGCUUUACUCCACUUAAAAACAUAAAGCCUUUAGUUUCAUAAUAAUAAUAAAUGAUAUAUCCAUUCAAUUUCUUAUACCCUAUAUUGUGAUCAGCAAAAUCUUUGAUUAAAAAUAUACCCUAACUUUCAUUUCUUGGUAUAUGAAUUGUGCACUAAAUUAUGAAUAAAUGUUGAAAGCAACUUGGUUUGUAUUUUCAUUUACUAAAUAGGUUUUGCUUGUAGAGGCUUGUCAGGUGGUUUUUCAUGAUCUCUGUAAUUCACUCCAGGAAUCAUUAAUGAGUUAAUUCAUGUGUACACUAUUCCACUAAUUGCCUACAGUGCAGAAGGCAACAUGCUCUUUGCCCCUCUCUGGAAUCUCUUUGUCUUCCUUUUACAUGCUUUCCGCGCACGCACGCACGUGCUUUGCCUCUCUAACAUUUUAAAGUAUCAUUUCAUUUAGUGUCCCUGCUUCACAAACACUGUUUUGCGGACACUUUGGGCUCACAUGAUAAGACCCCUCGGCAGGCUCAAGCCCAGUGUCUCCACUAACAGCUUUCCCUUCAUACUUCAAUCUCUUCACCAUUGUGGAUUUUUCACACUCAGGUAGUAACAGAUAAUCAUACUGCUUAGAAGAUAUUUGCCUGAAACUUUGUUAAAGCUCUUGGUCUUUCAGUAGUUUCCUAUAUUCCCAGAGACUCACAGUACGACCAGACUGUUUGGGGAACGUUAGAGGUGAAGUCUUGCGAUGCUAGGCA